UUUUCCUAGAAAUUCCUGUCAAUGAAAAUGCUGCCAAGCCUAUUUCAAUAACUAAAUUAAGAACAUUAAGCAUGUAGUCAGCUCACUGAGCGAUAGUAAAAUUAGUUUUCGUUAAAAAGUUUGGCCAUAUAAAAUCGAGUGAAAAUGGCGCACAAAUCCAACUCCGAUCUUUUUUGUGUUAGUCCGAGGAACAUGAUCUUUUAUUCACCUUACGAUCGCGUGCAGAAACGUUUGAUCACACUGUUGAAUCCAACUGGGGAACGGCUGCUCUUCAAGGUACUGACGAAUGCGCCUUGGCAAUACAAUGCCAUACCGAACUGUGGCUUCAUCGACCCAUACAACAUCAGCGAGGUCUGCAUCAGUCUGCAUCACUUUGAGUUCGAGCGGGAUAAGGAAUAUAGCCAUCGCGUUUGCAUCCAGUGCAUUCUAGCGCCGCAAACUGAAUAUCUGAAUAACCAAACAAUUCUGUGCAUAUUCAAGAAAGUGCGCCGCUCCCAGAUCCACAGUGUACGUGUGCCCAUCGAACUGAAGCCCGAGCCCAUAUGUAUACCACAACAUGAGCUGGAAGGCAUUUUGCAAAACGAUGUCCAAAAGCUGAUAUGGGACCUGCGACCCAUUAACACCGACUACAUGGCCCAGCUCAAGGAAGUGACCAUGAGGGGCCCCAAGAAACGCUGCAGCUGGGUACGCAUCCUAUUGGGGCCGCUUAUCUUAAUAUCGACUGGGCUGGCUGCUGCUUAUAUUCAUCAUAAUUUCAAAAACGAAAUAUUCUCAGAAAUGAAGACGGGGGACUGUGAAAAUUGAAAAGGGGGCUUAAAAAACUAUUAGCAAAAAAAAAAAAAAAAAACAAAGAAAUUAAAAUUAAAAAUAAUCACUUCUCAACCAAAAUCUAACUCUAAACGACGGCAUAGAGCUAUACGAAUUGCAUGUUUGCUUUUAUCACCAUUUGGAUUUAUAUUUUGUAUUUUUUUUUUUUUUUUUAAUUUCUAUUUAAAUGCACUUUGCAUGCAAAAGCCAAAGGCAGAGCCAAUCGCCAUCUGGUCAAGAGCAACUCCCUUAAUUGGACACUCUCGUCGGUGCCAAUUAGCUUUGCGUGUAGCUGUAGAUCAUUGCCGAGAGGCCCACACUCCACACUGCACGGCCGUAAGAUUGGUUUUCCGUGUUCCCAUUUGCUGACUGAUUGAUGACAUCCCCGUGCUGAUUAGCCAACAACUGUCGCUGUUUGAAUUGAGUGUUGGCCACGAAACAACUAACAGCGCAGCCACAGCCACAGCCACAGCGAAACCACGUGGACCACAACCACCAACAGCCGCAAUAACAACACAAAAAUGCAGUACGCUAAUCACAGCUGGAUGGCAAAUGAUCUGGUUAGCCUCAGCAUAAAAAAAUAACACAAAACCAAAAGCAUUUAUUGACAUUUGGGGAAUUCGAAUUCGGAGAAACUUUAAAGUCGAGCUAAACGAUUGCAGAAUAGAGACUGAAAAGUUGAUAGUCAAAACCCAUUACAGUCAGGCCUGUGCGUGCUUGGAUCAUUGCUCCUGUCCUCUUCAGGUGAAAGUUCAAUUUCUUGUCUUUUGGACAAUUUUACAUGCAAUUAUAGGAAUAUUGGCGCUAUUUUUAUAUCCCUUCCACUUUCAAGAAGAAUUCAAAUGGCCAUUGCUUAUAGUACUUGUGGUACAUCUUAUUUCUGGUAUUAUGAUGUUUAUAUCACUAAUAUAUGUAAAUCAAUUACAAAUACUUGAAUGCAUUUAUUUAGUAAAUUAAACUUCUUCAUCCUCAUUUUGAUCAGCAAGAACGCCAUAUGUUCAUUUUUGGCCUCAUUAGUAGCUGCAUAAUGCCUGUGUUUUAUGUAUACCUCGUAUAUCUGCCAAUUGUUCAAAUUGUUUUCACCAUUGCUGGCUGCAGAUUUUAUAAAUUGGGCAUGCACGACUCUCUUUAAGUGUAAAGUAAAUUCGCAGCAUAUACAAAUAUACAUGUAUUUUAAUGUAUGUAAUAUGUCAAGUUGUAGGCUAAAGUAUAGAUUAUUAUAAAAGUAAA